UUAUUGUUUAUUUAAGCUGCUGUUGCCUACCGGUCUUAUCAAGUCAUCAUCAGCAUAACUAGCCUAUAUGAAAUAAUUUGGUUUAAACCAUUGCCUAUGAUAACUACAUAUAGUAGGGUAGACCCAUUGGGCGUUUGACUCGGGAUAGGCGUUAGCAAGUGUGAGAAGGCUGCGAAGGCUAGUUAAAGUUUUGAGAGAUUUGUAGUUUUAUCAAUGUGAAGAUUCCAAAUAAGUCAAUGUUACGUUAGGUUGUCUGUUCAGUUUGGUGGUAAAAGUAUAGGCUAUGACAGCGCGGAAGCAGUAGCGUUCAACUGUGAGCGCAGAGCUCAGCAGCCCUACCAUCACGUGGUCUGUUCCACCUCCGUAUGAAGCUCAUAGCAUCUCCGAUCUCGAGGACAGUAACCGGAGCGAGUUUGGAAUGGAAAUUAGUCGAAAACUGACCUACCUUUGUUGAAAAUACCAUGGUUGCGUACCUACAGCUGUGUGUGUCUCUUUUGCAACCUUGCCUGGGAUGCGAUGCAAUGCUACGAAAACUUAUCGAAAACAAGGUUCUGUAGCCUAAUGGAUUGCUUUGUCGCCAAUUGUUUUAUCCUUAAUAAGUUACAGGUGCGUCACAUAAAACAAAGGCCAAUCUCUAACACAGACCCUUUCCGUUUUUAGAUUCGUGCUGAUGAGAGUUUAAGUGUUGACAACAGCAAGAACUACAUGAUCGACUUCAUGGACAUGAGUAGGCUAUUGGAUUGGGAUCGAGUUUUGCUCAAAUGUCAACGCGGCUAAUUUGUGGCUCUCGGCUGAAACUGCAAGUCUACAGACACUGCGCCGGAGAGAACACCGUAGCACACAGAACACUCAUCACAGACCUUUUAACGAAGUGUGAACCAAACAAAGAGUUGCAAACGUUCAAUCUGUAGACCUUUUUAAUACCGGUACCGGACAGAUGAGGACUUUGCGCACGUGUUUGUGAGAAAACUGCGGGACGCCGAUGCCAAACGGGUCGGGGGAUUCAUAACAACCGCCACGGAGUCGCUAACACUGUCGAACCUCGAUGGUGGAUGGACGCCUCGACUGCACUUGGUCCAGAUCAGUGCCAACUUUCUGUAACCUGUCCCGGAGAUAAUCUGAACCUCUACCGAAGUUCUGAGCGUCGGUCCGAGGACAGAACUCUGUUGACUACGCGAGGAGAUAUGGCUGCGAGGGUGACCGUGUCCCUAUUUCUCCUGGUACUCUCUCUCGCAAGUACAGGGGCGGAGAACGCGGAGGAGCGUCUGGUGAACUACCUCCUGGGACCAGAGCGCUACAACAAGCUGAUCAGACCGGCGGUCAAUAAGAGCCAGCAGGUCACCAUCUCCAUCCAGGUGUCUCUGUCCCAGCUCAUCAGUGUGAAUGAGAGAGAGCAGAUAAUGACGACCAACCUCUGGCUCUUCCAGGAGUGGAAUGACUACAGACUGAGAUGGGAUCCGGAGAAGUACGAAGGCAUAAAAAAAUUACGAAUCCCAUCCAAGCACAUCUGGCUUCCUGACAUUGUCCUCUAUAACAACGCGGACGGCGUCUACGAGGUGUCCUUCUACUGCAACGCCGUGGUCUCCAACACGGGCGACAUCUUCUGGCUCCCACCCGCCAUCUACAAGUCCGCGUGCGCCAUUGAGGUCAAGAACUUCCCCUUCGACCAGCAGAACUGCACGCUCAAGUUCCGCUCGUGGACCUACGACCACACGGAGCUCGACCUCAUCCUGACCAGCGACUUUGCCAGCCGCGACGACUUCACGCCCAGCGGCGAGUGGGACAUCGUGUCGCUGCCCGCCCGCAAGAACGAAGACCCCGAUGACAUCACCUACCUGGACAUCACCUACGACUUCGUCAUCAAGAGGAAACCACUGUUCUACACCAUCAACCUGAUCAUCCCCUGUGUCCUCAUCACCUCCCUGGCCAUCCUGGUGUUCUACCUGCCCUCCGACUGUGGAGAGAAGAUGACCCUGUGCAUCUCCGUGCUGCUGGCCCUCACUGUGUUCCUGUUGCUGAUCUCCAAGAUAGUCCCGCCCACCUCCCUGGCAGUGCCCCUCAUAGGCAAGUAUCUGAUGUUCACCAUGGUCUUGGUCACCUUCUCCAUCGUGACCAGCGUGUGUGUCCUAAACGUGCACCACCGCUCGCCCUCCACCCACCGCAUGCCCGACUGGGUCAAACGCCUCUUCCUCGUCCGCCUCCCUGCCUUCCUCUUCAUGCGCCGCCCAGGGAGCUCCAACGUCCGCGAGAGACUCCGCAGGAAGUACGGCAGCACCACCGGCGCCGGUAGCGGGGCCGCCACGGGCUCAGCGGGGAACAACAGCGCCCCCAGAGGCGGGGAGAAGAAGACGCACUCCGACAUCAAGCUGGGUGGGAUCAAGACCAACGCGGACUCCUUCUACGUGAACGAGGACUCGGCCAAGAAGUUUGGCUGGAAGGUCGGGGACGUGUCCGACGGAGGGCCGCCGGAGUUCCGCCGCCGCGUGGCCGUCCAAUGGGACGCCGACAUGGAGGAGGCAGUGGAUGGCGUGAGGUACAUCGCCGAGCACAUGAGGACGGAGGACGACGACGAAGGGAUCAUCAAGGACUGGAAGUAUGUUGCCAUGGUGAUCGACCGCCUCUUCCUCUGGAUCUUCAUCGUGGUGUGUGUGACAGGCACGCUAGGUCUCUUCAUGCAGCCGCUCUUCCAGAGCUACAACAUACCCACGGCCGACGACAACGAAUUAGGAGAUUUCUGACAGCCCCUGGGACCUAGCCGGGGAGACCCUGUAGCAAGCUAACUUACAGCUGUCAGAGGAACUGUGGAGACCCCCUGCGUGACAAGGCUAUAGGAGGUUCCAGGUGCCCCCUCCUGUUAUCUGCCUCCUCAACAGACUUCAUAAAAACAUUAGCUAAGCAUAACGAUGAUGAUGUAAAGACAUUACUGCACCACACCACUGUGGGUAUCGUGUCAGAACCUUUUUAUGUCUUUCUCUCUCACGCUCCCUCUGUUGCUGUUUCUGUCUCUCUCUCUUAACUCGCUGAGCCCCACCUAGGAAGUCCAUUUACUUUUUUUUUUUCUCCUUCUGUCCUGUCCUCAUGAAGUAUUAACAGGUUAUAUCUCCAGUGUAUCUCUCUCUCCCAUCUCAACCACCCCCCACUCUCAGCCUCCCUCUCUCUCUUAACCUCCCCCUCUCUCUCUCUUGUCAUAUCUCUCUAGAACUCUCAGCCCAAGUGCGUUUUCACUCUCGUCACACUCCGAACUGUGUUUCCCACUCAAGCUGUGUAGUCACUAAUGCAUUGUAUUAUUUUUGAAGAAUGUGCUUUCUCUUACUUAACCCUAGUCUCUGUCUCUCCCUUGCCACCCCUCCCCCCUCAUCCCCCAAUGCCAUAUCACUUCAAAGGCUGAUAGGCAGGGAUUGCCUAAGACUCAGAGGUCAAAGUAAAGCGCCAUGUGUGAAAAAUGACUUAUAUUUGUAUUACAAUAUUACCUUUGGGGUGAGGGUGGAAUGAGGGGUGUGUGUGUGUGUGUGUGUGUGGGGGGGGGGGUUCUCAGAAUGGCAGAUUUUUUAAAGACUUUGAAAGAUCACCAAGCUUCCCCUGCAAAACAUACCACCAGUACAGUGUAUGUAAGUCUGUACUUGCUCAUAGUUUACUUCGUAGCGUGUGAGUGGAAACUGAAUUCAACCUGUAAGUUGUAGAUCCCCGUUAUUCCACAAUAGAACCGAUUCCUCUAGGUUUCACCUUUCUGUUUGGGACAUUCGAACACUUUGUAUCUGCCUUAAACGAUUACUGUUAACAAUUCCUAUUAAUGACGGGAGGACACACUGUCAUUUAUCACCAGGACAUGCCGACUGUGCUGUCUGAACGAGACAUCCUCUUUAAUAUAUUUCAAAUAAAGAAGCAAUACAAUUUA